UAACCUAUGAUUAUAAAAAAAUAUGUGAAAAACCGUGAACCGUUAAGUGAAAAACCACAAAACCAGUGGAUUUUAGCCUUGAAACGAGGCCCAAACAUAAAUUGAUAAAUUCUUGGAAUCCAAAAUCCAUCAUUUUCAAAUUCCUAGCCCAGCCGCGCACUUCUUUAUCUUAUCGUCAGAGGAAAUCGCAAACUGCGGGAAAAUCAUAUUAUAAUAAGGUACUUUUAAGUUGAGUCGAGAGUUAAGUUAUUAGUUUGUCAAGUUUUAAAUUACUCCAGGAACAUGGCCAUUUCAGGAGUUCAACUUUACCUUUCCGCAAUGAUAUCUGUGUGUCUCGCUUCACCAUUUAUAUUCGAAGAUUCAAUUCAGUAUUGCAUUUACCAGUUAGAGAAUUGGCCGAAUAAGCGGUUUGAAACAAAUAGCAAAACAAUCCACGUGAAGUUUCACUCAUCACAAAUAAAUUUUAAACUUUGUGGAACAUUUGGAGCAAAAGAAGAAUGCCCAGAAGGGACUGUUGCUUGUCUAGAAAAGGCUGGAGUCAAACAAACACUUGGAACUAAUUUUAUUUUAGAGACUGACAACCAAUUGAAAUCCUACAGUCAAGAUCAAAGUGAAAUGUGUUCUUUAGUUGUCCAUUUGCAAUCUACAGAGCCUGAACAAAUGUAUUAUGAAACUAAAGCAAAUUGUACCUAUCACUUAAAAAUGAAACUCGAUCCAAUAAAAAUCACGAAAUGUGGCAUUACCGUGUCAAACCACUAUUUGGAUCUAAGCCCCCUACAAGGUUCCUAUAAAGUCUCAACCAAAGAAAGAAACUUUAGCAUUGCCAUUUGUGCAAAAGACACAGCUUGUCAGCAAGAUAAUAUAAAUGCAUGCCAGUUUCAAGACGGAAAUUUAACACAAAUAUCAGAAAGUUCAAGUUCAUAUUUUGUUUAUGAUGGCGACAAAUUAGCGUUCCGUGGAGAAACUCAUGUGGGCUCAAAUGGAAAAAUUGACAAAAGGUUGGAACUUAUUUUGAAAUGCAAUUGGGAUAAGACAACAAUACAAAGUGGUGAUAUGACAUAUGUGAAGAAGCUGAAACAAGGCAAGAGAUUUUCAUUUGAAUUGGAGACUUCUUAUGGAUGUAUUAAAAAGUCAAUAUCAUGUAUAAUAAAUGACGAUAAUUAUGUAUAUGACUUAUCAAAAAUUUACAAAGGACAUCCUGGAAACUGGAAAGCAUAUGGACCAAAUAGUAAAUUUUUUAUUCAAUUUUGUGGCCCUGCAGAUUUAACUGGAAGACAAAGCAGUUGUAAAGAUUCUUAUGCACAAGUAUGUGAAAGCGUGAAUGGAAAAGACAUAAAUAGAGGAUCAUUUUUAUCUAAUUUGCAACUUAAUCACGAAGGAAAUGAACUGAGAGCAACUAUUGACACCGGUUCAAAAUGUAGCUUAGGAAACGUAACACUCCGAUAUAGAAGUUAUGUCGAUUUUAGCUGCGCCAAGACAGAUCAUGGUCCGAAGUUUGUUAAAUAUGAUGUUUGUGAUACGUAUUUUCAAUGGAAAACUCCUCAUGCAUGUCCAGAAUUGAACGCUUUAAGCUGUGCUCAUAUUCAUUCUGAGUCCCCCAACUGUACAUUAAUUAUUGAGAAUAGACAUUAUGAUCUUAAUGCUCUAAACACCACAAUAACCUUAAAGGACCAUCAAAAUUCAACGAAUGUAGAAUUUAAAUUUAACAUUUGUGGACCAAUUGAUGAUUCAGAUACUAAAUGUUGGAGAGAUGUGUCUGUGUUAAUGAAAAAUUUGGAUCAGCCUAAUAAACGGCGCAGUUUAACUUCCUUGGGCAAGUUCUCUCACAGUACUAUAGAUAAUGGCGAUUUAGUUUUGAAAUAUAGUACUGGAACCUAUUGCCGUGGCAGCGACUAUAAAAGUGCCAUUCGUAUACAAUGUUCUGAGAAAGAGGAAAAACCUGUCUUAUCUAAACAAGAAACAUGUUAUUAUGAAUUUUCAUGGAAAACGCCAGGUGGUUGUUCUAAAUUCAAAAAUAUUGAAGAUAAUCAGAAAACGACGUGUUCUUUUACAGAUUUUGGAAAUAAGCGAAGUAUCGAUUUUGACCAUUUAAUCCCGAUCGAGUUCGACAUUGAAAAGCAUAAAUUAACUUUCGAUAUAUGUGAAGGGUUUUACAUAAAUUGUACUGGUGAAGAUAAUUGUUCCACUGAAAAACUUUCAGCUCCAAAUGUGACCUUCUCAACAGAUACUAGUGCUGUAGAUUUUAUCCUUCAAAAUGACUGCUCCCUGCCAGCUUCAUUUAACAGUAUUACUUUCAAUUUUGUCUGUGAUAAAAUUAAAAAUAAUGACCAUUUUGGUUUUGAGGCUUUAAAUGACUGUAAUUUGAAAGUGGAUUAUUUCACAAACGUUGUAUGCUCUUUCCAAGCAAAUAGUUCAGUAAAUCACAAUCAGAAACCCUCGAUGGAGAAAACUGAGAAAAAAGAAGAAUAUCCAAUGGAGGAAAACAAGAAAGGACCUCCAGUGGAAAAAGUAGUUGAUUGUCAUAUUAAGAGCCCGGAUUCUGAAUAUGAAUUAAAUGUGCACAACCUUCCAAAUGAAUUUUUCCAGAAUGAAUGUCCUGAAACGAGUUUGUUCAAUCAAAGUUAUCGUUAUGUUAAGUUACUUUACCAUAGUAAGGACAUAUGUCGACCUAUUCCUUCUAAAAAUAUGUCUUAUGAAGUGUAUCUCAUAUGCUCGACUGAAUCAGAUAUUUAUUCUAACAAUGAAGAGUGCGUGCAAAAUUUUCAUUUUUCCUUACCAGAAUACUGCGAUUUUUUUAGACUUGAUAAAUCCAAUCUUUCAAUAAUCAUAGGGUCUCUUUUCGGCUGUCUAUCGCUUCUUUUUUUAAUUGUUAUUGGAAUUGUUGUUUGGAAAAGAAUUAGUCAUUGUCCAAUAAGAAGAGGUUGUGAAUUUGACAACAUAUACGAAAGGAACACACAGUUAUGAGUCCUUAAUUCACAAAAUAUAUCCCAGUGUUACCUGAGACUGAUGAAUGCCUAACGAAUAAGAAGCUUUUUAAUUAGUGUUUGAAUUUUGUUUGUAAAUGUUUAUUAUUUAUUUGAAAUUUGCUUGAAUAAGUUAAGGUCUGAUUUAUGUUUUUCGAAUACAAUCGCAAAAUUGAAGAGGCUAUACGAAAGUUGUAUCUAACAAAAAAGAUAUAAAUUUUCUUGGUAAAUAUUGACAUAAUUUUUUAACACAAAGCAAGUGCUUUUUGAAUAUUAGGUAUAUAGAAAAGUGCUUGGAUCUUGAAAAGUAAUUUAGUUUCAGUUUUAGCUAUAGUUUGUUUUUGAAUGGUUAAUCUAUUUCGUAUUUGAUUCACUAGCUAAUAACUACGUUUAUUCUAUGCGUUGUAUCCAGAUACUAAGUGGAUUGGAUCAAUAAUAGGGAUUAUUAAUCCUGAAAAAAACACCCAGGAUCAGAGAAAUAAUUCCGGAUCGGAGUACUGAAUCCAAUCCUCCAAAGGAUAACGCACACCAAACAUGGAAUUUUUGGGCUCUAUGGAUUUUGCCCAUUUUUUGAUAUGUUAUAGAGGAUUCAAUUCUUAACAAUUUUUAAAUGAGACGAAAUCUUGUAGGUAUCACGGUCUUUGAGAUAUGAGCGUUGAAAGAUGAACUUUUUUGCGACUUUUUGUAUGGGGAGUAUACGAGAAACUGGUGUUUAUCAGUCAAAAUAUUGACAGGUCGACAUAUUCACCUCACUAACAAAUGCCAAAGGCUAAGGCUGGGACCGCACUGGCGCCAACAUUGACCCCAGUGCGGCCCCGGCCUUAACUUAUGUUGACAUUAAUUUAUAAGUGACGUAAAAUAUGUGAACCUGUCAAUAUUUUGACUGAUAAACACCAGUAGCACUAGUAUCUCGUAUACUCUCCACUCCACACAAAAAGUCGCAAAAAAGUUCACCUUUCAACGCUCAUGUCUUGAAGACCGUAGAACCUACAAGAUUUCGUCACAUUCAAAGGUUGUUCAGAAUUAAAUCCUCUACAACAUAUCAAAAAAUGGGUAAAAUCCAUAAAGCCCAAAAAUCCUAUGUUAGGUGUGCGUUAUCCUUGUAGGAUUGGACUAAAAAUGGAUUAUCUCAAAUGUGAAAUAAACAACUAUCUCGGGUUUAAGAACUCUGUUGCUAACUUCACGAAAAAAACACAUUUGUCAUUUGUCAUUUUUUUGAGGGUUGAUGUUAUUUAGUUUUAUUUGAAUAUUUUUUGAUUAAAAACCGGUGUGAGAUAAGAAGAUAUUUAGCUUUUAAUUGUUAAUUGAAACUAGUUUUCAUCAUUGGUGCCUUUUAUGAAGUUAGGAUUAGCACUUAUGCAUUUAAUAGUUGUGAAAUAAACAAAUAUGGAUUAAUUAACCUUAAUCCACUUAAUCUCCGGAUACAACGCGUGAAAUAAACGUAGUCAGUCAUGAUAUAAGUGCUAUAAAAGUGAUAUUUUGUUUUGUGAGGACUACUAGACUAACCUAAACUACUUCCCAUCUAUUUGAACGAAAAGUAACGUUAAACAAAGAUUUUUCAAACGGAUAAUAUAUUAAUCAUUCAUUAUUCAAUAGUUUUUUAUAUGCUGUGGUUUUUAUAAAUCACUUUUGACACAAGUAUAUUGGGUACCUACCUACUAUUUUUAUAGAAUGCCCUUUUAUACACUGACAGAUGGCAUGCGUUUAAAAUUAUGCCUUUGCUGACGUUUGUAAAAAAAACAAAUGGGUAUUGAGAUCAGUUUAAUCAUAAGAUUAAACGAACUUACCUAACUGAAGUUUGAUCUUGAUUAUAGUAAGGUCUCGUCGAAGUAAAUAGGUGUUCUGUAGUACCCAUGCGAAGCCCGGUUUUACCACUAUAUUCAAAGCAAAUAAGGUCCCACCACCCUCCAUGCCCUACGCAUCCCGUUGAAUCAGUCUUUUUCAAAGCUAUAUAAAUCCUCUUGUUGCAAAUCCAAGGGAAUGAAAUAUGAUGGGUAGGGAUGGGUUUUAUUUACUUCGACGAGGCCUUACUAUAAUCAAGAUCAAAUUUCACUUAGGUAAGUUCGUUUAAUCUUAUGAUUAUAGACGGUCUCGUCUUGUAAAUAAGUGUUCUGUAGAUUUUUAAAGAGAGAUCAUAUAUUCCAAAAACGUAAAAUAAGAAAAACAUCAACUGAAAGAUGAGACGCACUAGGCAAAUGAUAAUAAUACGUAGGUAGUAAUACUCGUUCAACAAAAAACAUCAACUGAAAGAAAUACAACGCACUAGACAAGUGAUAAUAGUAACAAUAGUUUAACCUAAUUUUAAGUGCUAAAGACAGCAUUAGCGAAGCUACUUUCGGGCGCCAACGGCCUGUUAUAAAACAUAGCGAACGUUCUAAAACUUUCAGUCCAUCCGGCAGCCAAUCUAAUGGUGUCGAAACUAACCCCUUUCCUAGCAGCCGCAGAGGUAGCUGCGUGUCGGAUGCUAUGAGCCGAGAAGGUGUUUGUAUCUAUACCACAAGAUUUUAAGAUACAUUUUAACCAUCUACCGAUGGUCUGCCUUGUAGCCCUAUGAUAUGGUUUUUUAACCGUUAUAAACAAAUGCUGACAAGAACCUGUCAAGGUAUGGGUUCUUUCCAAAUAAGAAAUCAGGGUCCUAGAUACACAAACGUUGGGAUCUUCAUCAAAAAAUGGAAAAACUAGUAUAGGUUGAGGUCUGGAAGAAUGGGAUGUUGUUAAACGACCUGGGAUCUUGAUCUCGAUUCUCUUGUCCUUCACUUCUAUAUUUAUUAUUUCAAUACUGUGUAAAGUUUGAAUGCGCUGACCAGUAGCCAAAGCCAACAAUACACAACAUUUUUGUGUAAGAAGGUCUAAGGAGAUAGAUACGUUGUCCAAAUUGCGGACAUAUCGUAAUACCUCCGAAGGAUCCCAGGAAUUGUGAUAUUUAGGUAGCGCAGGUCUAAGACCCGACACUCCUUUAAAAAACCGUUUUAUACGGAAAUCUUGUGCCAAGUCUGGACCAGCAAUCUGCGCUAUGGCCGACCUAUAAGUAUUUAGUAAACUAAAAGAAGAUCCCCAUCUGAAUUGUUUUGACAAAAAUUCCAGAACGUUCACUACGUUCACCGGAAAGGGAUCUAAACCCUUUGGACAACAGAACUCCCACCAAGCCUUGAGGCCAGAUGAAUAUUGUUCCAAAGUUUUGCAUGAGACCGAAGCAACACAUAUUUCCAGGGAUUGCACUGGCACCUUUCCUAGACGCAGCGCUUCCAUGACAAUUUCCCUACCACCAAGGAAAGGUCUUUGGACAACGGGUGAGGAAUCCUGUUGAAAGAAAUCAGGUCGUUAGUUGGCUUGAAGAUUGAUGGUUUAUCCAUUAGUAAUGACAAAAAUAACGGAUACCAAGGUUGAGAGAUCCAGAGAGGAGCAACAACAAUACCCUCCGCUUUAUCGCUAAUAAUUUUUUGCAAAACCUUCAAAACUAAGGAAAAGGGAGGAAAAGCAUAAAAUUUCAAGCCUUGCCAGUUAAUGGUAAAGGCAUCAACUGAAAAAGCCUCGGGAUCCCUCAGCCAAGAAACAAAUUUUUUACAUUUUUUAUUUAUUCUGCUGGCGAAAAGAUCAAUAGACGGGAAUCCAAAAGUUUUCCCUAUUCUUUGGAAAGCUUCAUAAGAGAGGCUCCACUCUGUCUCUAUUUCAAGUUGGCGAGAGGCGAUAUCAGCUUCGACAUUAUCUACAGAUGGAAUGUAUGCCGCACGAAUAAAAAUGUUUCUUUUUUCACACCAUUGCCAAAUCUGCCGUGCAAGAGCAUUUAAUGUAAGAUGUUGAAUGCUACCCAUGCGAUCGACAUACGACAUGGCAGUUGCGUUGUCUACUCUGCACAAAAUGUUGCAGUUGUUAAGAUGUCCAACAUUUUAACCCAAAAAAUAGAGCCAAUAGUUCCAAAUAAUUAAUGUGAUAAUUGGCCACCUUAGAAUCCGACCAUAAACCAUGACUGCUAACUAGACCCUUCUGAUAAAUGCCCCAACCCGUUAACGAAGCGUCCGAAAAUAUCUCUAAACAGAAGGAAUCAACACGAAUACAAUUUUUUGAAACUGGUAGGUUUUCAAUCCACCAUUUCAAAUAAAAAAACACACAUUUAGGCAAAAUCAUAACUGAAUUAUAGUUGCCUCCAGAUUUUUUCAGAGCUAAGAAUUUUGCUCGUUCCAAAACUUUUGUAUGGAGAAAAUCAAAUUUGAUUCCUGGACAAACCGCAACUAGUUUGCCAACUAGCUGAGACAACUCUUUUAUUCUACAUGAUUCUUUAUGUUUCCGCUCAGUGGGAUACAGUGACAUUUCACAAGAGUCAUAAGAAAAACCUAAAUAAGUACAUCGCUGAGAAGGUGUCAAACUACAUUUUUUAUAGUUAACUAUAAAACCAAGAUGUUCGAGCAGACCGAUGGUAGCUUUAACAUUAUUCGAACACUCCUCAAAAGUAUCACCUAGUUAUAAGAGGUCAUCCAAGUAAAUCACAGAAAUAAAGCCCUUUUCUCGCAAUACUGAUAUGACCGGCUUCAUUAACUUAGUGAAGACAUAGGGGGCGGAACUAAGACCAAAUGGUAAGAAAUUAAAUUGAUAAAGUGUACCCUCAAAGAAAAACUUCAAGUAUUUUCUAUGGCAUUCCUUGAUUGGAACUAACAAGUGAGCAUCCUUAAGAUCAAUAGUCGCCAUAAAGGAUUUGGGCUCAACCAAACCGGCCUCUUCAAUUUUGAAAUGUCUAGUAAUUACAUGUUCGUUGAAUUUUUUCAAAUUUAGAACAAGCCUAUAAGAUCCAUCCGAUUUCGGAACCAAGAAAAUUUUUGAUACAAAUUGGUUUGGGCAUUCGGAUGUACGACCAUCAAUAGCACCCGAUAACAAAAGGUCAUUUAUGGAUUUUUUAAUUAAGCAUUUUUCGUUGGAAGACCAAUGGUGUUCCUUACACUCAACUUCCUGCUUCGGGAUUCUAGCAAAGGGGAUUUUAUAACCUGAUGACCAGGCUAAAAUAAUUUUAUCAUUGGUAUAACAUUGCCAUUCAUUCAGAAAAUACUUCAGACGACCGACAUGUGGCUCGAUAAGUUGGUGUGGCUGUGGCUCGACCCUACCUGGCGCCGUCUGUCUCCCCCCCUUAUUUUGAUCGCCACUAGGUGACUGGGAACGCGAACGGAAACUGUUCGGAGUUGUUCCCGGCGAUUCUGGCGAAGGCGAAGGGGACACCAAGCGUCGACGACUACGACGCCUCGAGUAGCGUCGAUCAGCGGACCCAUAGGAACGGCGCGAAUCAGAACUACUGGAACCACGCCGCCUUCUCCUCGAAGAUCGACUACGAUGCCUUGACGAACGUCUUUCACCCUCGAUCUUUUUAAAUCUUUUAUCGAAAGAUUUUACCGAAUUCAGAAUCUCCGAUAACACUCCCCGGUCCCCGGAAAACGACCGGGAUCGUUUGCCUUUCGGUAAAGGCAUUUUACUGGCACGAAAACACAAAAAAAAAAAAUAGAAAAUUUUAAAUUACACUGGGCGGGGUAACGCGGAGACGUGUAAACACCGACACUAAGCAAUAGACUGAUUCAACGGGAUGCAUAGGGCAUGGUGGUGGGACCUUAUUUGCUUUGAAUAUAGUGGUGAAACCGGGCUUCGCAUGGGUACUACAGAACACUUAUUUACGAGACGAGACCGUCUAUAAUAAUUAAUUAUACCACUUACUAACGGACUUUCUACACUUUUGACUUUUUUUCAUACCUAACUAUAGUUGAAUAAAUCCAAGUGGCAGUAAUGACAUUGAAUAACCUAAAUUGUAAACAAAUACCAACUGGUAAUCCAGCCUUCACUUUUUAUUGAUUGAAAUCUAAUUGAAACGUCCUACCAGGACCAGUGCGCAUUCACAGAGGACAUUUGAUAAGUUGUAAUGGUUGUUAUUACUGCCGCUCGGAUUUGGUUCAACUAUAGGUUGGUGCAAUGAGAUCAAAAUAUCGAUACUUUUUUUACUAUCAAUUUUCCAUUAGAAAAAAAAAGAAUUCCAAAUAAACUGCCAAUAAUUAAUGUUUACUAUAUGGUUUCAACCAAAACUAAUGAUUGUUCCUUUUGUUAUUCAACAGUAUUAAUAGCUACUAGGUGUGUAUCACAAUAAUUUUCGAAUGUAGCAAAAUCUCAAUUUUUUCCUUUUCUGUUGGCAUGUAUCAACAUCAAACUAAAUCGGAUUUAAAUUUCAUGAAAUUUUUGAAUCAAGCAAAAUUUGAUUUUGAAAAGUCAUUCCUAAAUCGAAAUGCUUUAUAUCCUCUGAGGUUGAUAUUUACACCGUCCAUUCAGACUUUCCCUAAUUCUUAAUUUACUUACCAUUUAUAUAAGUACCUAUGUAAUAUUAUGUAUUACUAAGUUUUAGAAUAAGUUUUACAGGGUAGCUUUCUAAUUAGGUCUUUUUUUGAUUUUAUUUAUCUAACGAGAAUAUUGUGGUUAGUUGCUAAAAAAAAAUAUCUCAAAAUUAUUUUCUAGUUUUAUAUUUUUGUUUAAAUUGUUGCAAAUUAAAAAGGUUAUUUGGA